AUGGCAGGCUCGCCGGUGAUCGUGCUCGAUCCCUACUAUCUGGCCAUCACCUUCUUGAUCACGCUCGCUCUGCAAUAUAGCACCUUGGCAGUCGCCUACACGCUCCAAUUCGACAAGCUCACCGAUGCAGCCGGCAGUCUCAACUUCUUUCUCAUCGCGUUGAUCACACUUACUUUCGGAAACCAAUACCAUGCAAGAGAGAUCGUCGUCUCUGUUUUCAUGAUGAUCUGGGCAGCUCGCCUGGGCGGUUUUCUCUUCUUCCGCGUGCUCAAGACGGGUAGCGAUGGACGCUUUGAUCAGAUCAGAAGCAACUUGCUCAAAUUCGCCGGCUUUUUUGCAUUCCAGACGCUCUGGUGCUGGACUGUCUCGCUACCGGUGACCAUUCUCAACUCGCCAAGGGGAUCUUAUGGACCUCGUGGCGGCGCCAAUCCCAAAUUUGGCAGCGGCACAGACAUUGUUGGCAUCAUCUUCUGGGUCAUCGGUUUCUCCAUCGAAGCCAUCAGCGAUAUCGAGAAGUUCAGAUACAAGAGCGCAAAGCCAGCUCCUGAUCAAGUCAACAACAAGGGUACUUGGGGCUUCACACGUCAUCCCAACUAUUUUGGCGAGAUCCUACUCCAAUGGGGCAUAUGGCUUCUAUGCAUCCAGCCUGCACGCUCUGGCCUGACGAGUAGUGAGACGCGACAUGCUCUCUACGCAUCUGUAGUCGGUCCUAUCUUCAUCACCUUACUUCUAUUCGGUUUGAGCGGUCUGCCCGAGGCGGAGAAGCCAGCAGCGCAAAAGUACUAUCUCAAGACCUAUGGGCCCAAAGCAGACGGUGAAAGCAAGGCCUGGCAGAACUAUCAAGACUAUCUGGACUCGACUUCGAUCUUCUGGCCUAUCCCACCGGCGAUCUAUCGCCCGCUCCCGAAAUGGCUCAAGCAGACCGUGCUGCUCGAUCUGCCGUUCUAUCACUUUGACGAGAGGAAAGACGGUCCCAAAGCGAUAGAAGAAGCCAAACAAAAAGAUCGAGAGUCUCGCGAGAAUGCCUGA